GGCAGCUUGCGCAAAAGAUUGCGCACACGAACAAUUUGUGUCUAGUAGUCAGAACCCGGUAGGAAUCGGAGAUAUUUUAGUGGCAUUUCAUACCAGUGCUAUCUACAAGCUGUGAUUUUUAACUGACAAUGGCCGGAGAAGAGCAAGUUGAGUGUCCUCUAUGCAUGGAGUUGUUGGAAAUAGAUGAUGUGAAUUUCUUUCCCUGCACUUGUGGAUACCAAAUAUGCAGAUUCUGUUGGCACAGAAUAAGGACAGAUGAAAAUGGGUUGUGUCCAGCUUGCAGAAAGCAAUACCCAGAAGACCCAGCAGAGUUCAAACCUCUCACAGAAGAUGAGUUAUCAAGAAUCAAGAAAGAGAGGCGCCAGAAGGACCUUCAGAGAAAACAGAAAGCUGCAGAGAAUAGGAAACAUCUGGCAAAUGUCAGGGUGGUUCAGAAGAACUUGGUGUUUGUGGUGGGACUAUCCCAGCGACUCGCUGAGGCAGAUGUCCUCAAGAAGCAUGAGUAUUUUGGCAAGUUCGGGAAAAUCCAUAAAGUUGUGAUCAACCAGAGCACUACAUAUGCAGGUGCUCAAGUCCAUGGUCCCAGUGCAAGUGCAUAUGUAACUUACACUCGGUCGGAUGAUGCUCUCAGAGCUAUCCUAGCUGUAAAUAAUGUCCACAUAGAUGGGAGGACACUAAAAGCCUCCCUUGGUACUACAAAGUACUGCAGUCACUUUCUACGGGGCUCACAGUGUCAGAAAUCUGACUGUAUGUACUUACAUGAACUGGGAGAGGAAGCAGCCAGCUUCACCAAAGAAGAGAUGCAAAUGGGUAAGCAUCAAGAGUAUGAGCAAAAACUGCUAGAACAGUUCCUCAACAGUCAAAAUACGGCCAAUAAUCAUACAACAAAUAACAAGAAAUCAAGAAAGAAAUCUAGUUCCCCUGUUGCUGAUCAGGUGAACAUCCCCCAACCAAAUCCCCCAGAGCCUGCAGUUGAGACUCAGCCCAAGUCUCAGCCUAGCCCUUCCACAGUGCAACCCCACCCAACAAACACUAGCAAAGAGGCGUGGCCUUCGUUACAGGGGCAGGACAAAGGGGAACGGAUUCCCAAUGGCAAUCGUCCGUCUCACAGUACAGUCAAUCAUAGUAAUAGAUCAAACACACCUCCCAAUCACAGCAAGGCGGUUGGAAAUGGCCGUAAAAGGAAUACCAAUACAGACAAUGAAACACGGAUAAACUCUCAUUCACCAGACAGGCCCCAAGAACUGACAGACACACCUAAUGACAGAGAACCAGCUCCACCCACUAUAUCUCAGAACAAUGCAUCCACAGUGCCCCGGCCUCGCCAAACCCUGCCCUCACAAUCCUCCCCCUCUCAACCCUCUUUCCCCAUGCCCAGAACCCAAUCUACACCUCCCCCUCAGUCUCAACCUGUGGCCCCUAUUGGCUCUAACAGGAAACCUGUUAUGUUUGAGAACAGUGCCAACGGUCUUUCAUACUACAGUGCUGGAGGUAGUGGCACAGCUUAUCCAUGCAACAAGCUGGUCAAGCCUUCGCCUCAAGUUUUACCACAGAAUGCUACAGAUGUCCCAGCGUCCGUGACGCCGCCAGCUCAGCCUGCCGAACCUCUGCCUGUGUCCAGCAGCUCAGAGUGGCAGUCAUCGUCCUCCAACUACACAUCUUACAGUAAUAGCAAAGACAUUCAAGAUGAUGAUUUAGGUUUUGAUCCCUGCGAUGAGUCUUUCAAAGGUUUGGCUGAUCUGAUAGAGAAAGAGAACGGUCUCCAAGGUACAGCAGCCACAACAACACACCAUUACACAAAUAUGCAGCAGCACCACCACAGUGGAAGUAGUCGGUCAGUGGGUCUGCAGGGAGGGGUCAUGCCUCCUGUCCACCCCCCCUCAACCCGGAGUCUACCCCCUGGUUUCUCUCUCAGUCACAUACAGCAGCAGCAACAGCAGCUGCAGCAACAACAGCACUUUCAACACAGACAACAGAUGCCAUUCUUCAGACAAGGUGUGUUUUCAGAUAUGACGAAUCACAAAAUGAUGGACUUCUUGCCUGGCUACUCUCAGCAAAGUUUCAGUCAUAUGCAACAACAGCAUCCCCAACAGCAUCCACAACAACAUCCCCAACAGCAACAACAACAACAGAACUCCCCAUUUCACAACUCCUUGCCAGAUCGACCUCUGCCAGGGCGUAGUGCGAUGUCUGCAGAACAUACUCACAUGCAACCUCAGCAACAACAACAAGCAGAUGUGUUCAAGAUGGAGGACAUGCAGAAUCAACUAAGAUCACUGUUGCCAAAUAUCAACAUCAGCUUUGGUGCUCUUCCACAGACAAGUAACAACACACAGCAAAGAACACAACAAACUCCAAAUUCUCACAAAAGUUGGCCAAAUUCCUGCACACCACAAGAGUCAGAUAGCCCUUGGCUGACUUAUGACCCUGCUAUAUUAUCUUCAGGGAAUAUUCAAGAUGGUAAUACAGAGAGUGCUCCCCACUGGCUAAAGUCAAUCCACCAGUUGACAGAAGUAGACACACCCAGCCCUAAUCACAGACUUCCAUUUGUGCAACAGUUCCCGUCAUUCUCAGCUGCCAGCAUGUGGCCCCCACAGACACACAACCCACCCCCGGGUUUCCAGGCUCCAAUCAGAAGUAACACAGUUCAGCACCCAGAGCCACACAAGAUUUCGGAAGGUCUUUAGUGUGGUUCAGCAACCCAUGCCGUGUGUAUCAUCAGGCCAGCUCAACAAGCAACACCUGAAACAUCUGCAGCCAGCUGGACACAUGGACAGACACAUGCCCGCUCCUUGCAUCCCUCAACAGAGGCUUCAAAUUCGCUACUUGCAUGGUGUACUUAGAGGCUUAAACCUAAGAUAACAUGCAUACCUUACAACUUCAAAUAAUGCCCUGUAUUCUACCUUUUCAGCCUGCGAGAACUUGACCUCAUGUGAUUGGCUAAUUACUAAGAGGCUGUUCACUAAAAUACUUCAUUUGACUGGUUGGUUAACUGAAAGACUUCAUUUGACUGGUUAACUGAAGGACUUCAUGUGACUGGUUAACUGAAGGACUUCAUGUGACUGGUUAACUGAAGGACUUCAUGUGACUGGUUAACUGAAAAAGCUCCUUUAAGCAGUUAUCUUUAAGCAGUUAUCCUGAACCCCAUAUCUGUGACCAGUGACCUGAAAUGUGACUGAAAAAAAAUCAGAAGUGUAAGAUGACUUACUUUUAUUGUUUAAUGUUGAAUCGUUGAUUAGGAUUAAGAACAUUGUAAAGAGGACAUGCAUUGUACAUUCUGUAUUUCUAUCCAUCAAAGUGGUUGUUUAUGCUGCCUUUAGUGUAUGAUGUAUUGUUAGACGUGGUCGAGUGCUGUAAAGCUGACACAAAAUUUACACAUGAGGUCUUGUUCAAACAGGUAUGUCCAUAAAGGCAAGUUUACUCACCUUCAAAAGCUGGAUCAAUCUUCAUGCAUUAUCAGUGGUGAUAAACACCAUUGCUUAAUGUGUUAAAGGUUACAAGAGCAUAACAGUAUUGUGCGCAUUAUGGAAAGAACUUUGUAUGUGCCAUUAAAAUAUUUUGUUAUUGAAUGGUGAUAUUAAUAUUGUAUUCCAAAGUAUUUUGAAUUUCUGUGGAUUUGCCCAGACUUAGUAAAAGCAGAUAUAUAUGUUUAAAGUAGUAUUGUAUCUUCAGCCUGAAGAGAAAAAUCUGGUUUGGUUGAUAAGGCAUCAAAGCAAACUUUCCAAGUGCAAUGGCACAUCAAUUAUAACACUGUGAUCUAAAUAUACACUGUUUCUUCAUGGAAAUUGGAACUUUUUUCUGAUGAUAUGCCUAUAUGUUUAUGUUGCAGCUUUUUUUUUUUUAGUUAUCUUUUUCAAAUCAAUUACAUGAAGUUUUAAUCUGAGGCUGAUUUUCAAACAUAGUUGAAAUCUUAUGUACACUGUAUGACAUGUUAUAAUAGAUUCCAAUAACUGAAAAUAUUGUAUGACAUUUUGCACGUUGUGGAACUUGGAACAUGUAUGUUCCCAUGUGGUGGUAAUGACUGAUCCACUCUGGUACCACCUAUUCACAUUCAUAUUUGGCCUCUGUUGUAAGAAUGCAUUUUUUCGUGACAUUUUGGCAAUAAUAACCUUUUUAUCACUUGCCAAGAAAUAACAAGCUGAUUUUUUUUAAAUAUUUUUUUUCGCAACCCUUGAUGCUGAGCCGAUUUUACUUACCUUGUGUAGAUUCUGUUUCUGUUAAUGCAUAUAGCCUCAAGUUUUUACUCUAGUAGGAGAAUAGGAGAUAUAUCAGUGAUGCAUCCUACUGGCUCCGUUCUGGACUUGGUGUAAAGUUCAAAUGAUUGAUGGCGUUGGUAAUGUUGAAAGUUAUGUGGGAAAAGUUUAUUUGGUGUUUCUUCUGUAAUAGGCCAAAAGGUCACCCCGCAGAUGACAAAUAUAACCUCUUUGGUCAUGAAGACAAGGCGUUAGACCUCGGAUGAGGUCUGUGGUUUUCAAUCCCAUCAUUGGACUCAGUAAUUUUUAUGGCCUGUACCUUUCGUGAUGAAUUUCAAUGGGUUUGUUUGACAUAAACAUGAAGGAGAAGAAUGUUCAUCUUGGAUGACAGUUGAAAAAAUCAUUUGAAGAAAUUAAAAUUUGAAUGGGGUGUUGACAUGGGUACUGAAAACUUGCAAUUUUGAACGGAGCCAUUUUGCCCCUUGUGAUGUAUGCAUUUGUAAGCUGGCUUUGCAGCUGAUAAUUUUUUUGCAUGUUACCAUCUUUUCCCAUAUGGAUUCUAGUGAUGCACAUAUUGUACGCCAAUCCCUUUGUAUGAUUCUUGGUCCGAAUAUGGCGUGUUGCAUAAAGACUUUAGAAUGCCAAGGAUGAAAUAUUUUUUUCAAUACGAGUUGGCUGACUCCUGGAAUAUUUUGACUUGGUAUGAGAUGAAAUAUGGACAAUAUUGAUAUGUAUAAGGGCUGUCUUGCUAAAUAUUAUGCUGUAUCUUAUGACAUUUCAUUGUAUAUGUGAUAUUAGUGGCCAAGCAUCAAGGGUUAGGGUUUCUGACUACUCAUAAUGAAACCAUGGUUGCCAUAAAAUGCUGGUUGCGUGGCACGCAUUUUACUUGAACUUGCGGGCUAUUGUCAGUUCUUGCUGGAGUUUUGGGUUAUUGCCUUAGCUCCUUCUACUUUCUGUGAUGAAUCUAUGGUCGCUCCAAAUGCAGAUAUGUUUAGCCCAAGUGUUGGAAGCAUACACGCUCACAACAGUUACUUGGUGAUAACGGCGACAUUUUGUUAUUAUUGAGAGUGCUGCAAAAUUCUAUCUGAUGGCCUGUUACUGACUGAUACUGAUAGGCCCUGAUUGAAUCUAAUUUAUGUCUUCUGUUGGUGGUAAAACUGACUAAGUUGUGAAAAAAAUAUUAAAAAUAAUGAAAUGAG